AAUAUACUCCAUAAUUAUACUUAAAACAAUUUUUUAUAUGAUCUAAUUUCAAUAAGAAUAAGUAUCGGUUUUGAUUUCGGUUCUGGACAUUGUUAACCGAAACCGACCAAACAACCGAGUGGAUAAUAUGUUUAUUAAAUACAUGUAAGCCCAACCCAAAUAUCUAAAGUUACAGCCCAGUCCAUUAUUCUAAAAUCAUAAAGUGGGCUGGUCACUAUUCAUUACCUCCGUCAUAAGUCUCCCAAGUAGUCCCAACCCAAAUGUGUUUUACGGAGUAAGUUACAACCUCGACUCCAUCGCCUCCUCGAGACCUGGACUCCUUUCCUUAGAUCGUCCGCCGCCCGUCUCCUUCCUCGACUCCAUCGUCGCCGGUGCCUUUUCCGUCGAUUGUAAACUCCGGUGCCGAUUGCAUGGUUUUCGAUUUUGUGUGGGUGUAUGUGUCCGCCAAUCAUCCACCAUCUCGAUUCUGAUUCUCGCUUGACCGUUUUGCCUUUUCAAGGAUUUCACCAGAAUCAUCAGGUACUAUCCCUAAUUCUCUCACUUAACUCCAUCUCGAGAGCCUGAGACUGAGAGGGAUUCGCCGAGAGCCUACGCCGUUCGCAGACUCCCAGCCAUCUCCAAGAUUGGGGUCUCUCCUUCGGCGUCUCGCCUUCCCCUUCGCCGUCUUGCAGUCCCAACCAUCUCAAUCUGCAACGUCUCACCUUCGCCGUCUCGCAGAGCCGAAAGAAAUCUGGUUGAAAAAAAUAUGGCCACAUUGAAGGAGAUCAUAACUCGGCGUCCCUUAGCAGCGACGAUCCGACUAAGGGUUGAUGCUGGCGCGGCAAAACCCGGGCCACCAGUGGGUCCGGCCUUAGGUCAAUACAAGCUGAACUCCAUGGCUUUCUGCAAGGACUUCAAUGCCCGGACGCAGAAUUACAAGCCAGGAACGCCAAUGUCUGUCACCAUUUCAGCCUUCAAGGAUGGAACAUUUGAAUUCACCGUGAAGUCACCUUCAGUCGUGUGGUACCUGAAGAAGGCGGCUGGGGUGGAGAGCGGCAGCAGCCGCCCUGGCCAUGUCACCGCCUCAACCAUAACCCUAAAGCAUGUAUAUGAAAUCGCAAAGAUCAAGCAGUGCGACCCUUAUUGCCAGUACAUGUCUCUGGAGUCCAUUUCUAAGUCCAUUAUCGGCACUGCCAACUCAAUGGGGAUUAAGGUUCAGAGAGAACUGGACUAAGGCCCCUUCGGUAAGGUUUGUUUUUUUUUACUGAAAUGAUGCAAUGUCUUUGCUUUUUGGGGGCAUCAAACUGAGUGUUUUUCCAAUAUACAUUACUUCUUCCAUUGUGCUGUCUAAUUAAAUGUUUUGAAUCAUUAAGAAUCAAGCAUUGUUAUCCUUAUUGUUCACAAGCUCUCCAGCUUUGUGACCUUGUGGGAUUUUUAUGGUUUCAUUUUUUGCCUUUUUUGUGCUCUAAAAUAUGGAUAAAAACAAAUUGAAUUUGGAUCACACAUAUACUGUAUAAUACGGAGUAUUAAUUAAGAUAGUGAGAUGAACAAAACUGGUCUGUUAAGUAAAGUUGUCUCGGUCUGUAAUUGGUGUGUCUGCUGUUCUUUAAUAUCUAAAAUUACAUGUAAUAUGUUAUAGAAAAUAUUGCAUUUCAAACAAAAUAAUUGUAAUGAUGUUAUAUUUAAAUUAUAAAUUAAUGCUUUUUCUGAUCAU